AUGGGUUGGUUCUGGGGGAACAGCAAAAACGACCCCGUCAAGAAUCUUGACCCGGGCCUCCGGGAGUUCCUUGAGCAAGAGACGCCGGAUAAAUACGUGCCUGCGCCUGGUGAGAAGCAAGCGGCCCCUACACCUUCGUCUGUGCAAUCGCCCGAAUCACAAGAGGCCGAGUCGUCGAAACCCAAAGUCCCCGCUGCGUCACUCUACCAGGAUGGUCGCUAUGCCGAUCUGUGGAAGACCUACAAGCCGCCUAGCAAUGCCGAUAGCUCUCCUGGGGUCCGCGGAGCGGAACGGGUGGUUGAAAAGUACAAGGAGCGCGGUGACACUGUGCAGCGGGCGGCGAUGGAAAAUUGUGCUCUAGAACAUGAGGCCUUGACCUUCUGCUUCAAGACGGGGAACUGGCAGAAGCAGAUCGAGUCCCGGUUGACGAUGUGCUCAGCGGAGAAUGCCACCUUCUCGCGAUGCUUCCAGACCCAGAGCAAAUUCCUCCAGGCCCUAGGCUACGCGGCCACCUUCGAUUACGACGCUGAAAAGGAGGAGCGGAUCCAGAUGCACGCUGACAAGCUCUACCACCAAAUGGUGGACUAUGAGAAAAAAGUGGCGGAUGCAAAGGCAGCUGGAGUUGAGCCACCGCCUCUCACCUCGCUGUUCAGUCCCGAGAAGGCCUCUCAUACUCUCGGGGUGGCUGGGGCCAAGGUUGAAAUCCCCGGCGGCGAGGCCAUCCCAGCCGGGUUCAAGCCAUCCAAGCCUCUGGUCAAGCUCACUCCUCACGAACGUGAACUGGAGAUCCGAUCCCACAAUGCUCAGCUGGAACAGCAGAAGCUGUAUGUCGAGGAGGCCAGUCCGUUCAUGAAGAGCCAGGAGGACGCCCGGGCAAAGAGAAGGGAGAGAGCCGUCAGCUGGUUCGGAGAGACAAUUGGAAAAUGGGUCUCAUAA